UUUGUUUUUGGAGGAAGAUUUUGUGCGUCGGACUCGGCUGUCGCUACAUUCUUCAGGAUUCAAACUGCUGCAGGUGGAGGGAUGAGUCUCUCCACUGUGAUUGGCACUGAUGUGCCAGACAUAGCUAACGGGAUUGUGACGCCCCUGUCUUUGGAAAAUGGACCUCAUGUCCCGGUCGGUGUAAAGCUAGGGCACAGCAGAGUCUGCUGCGAUGUGGAGGCUUCAGGUGACGCAUCCUUUGGACAGACAGAAGAGAAAAGGGACAUGGAAAGCAGAGUUUACAUGGGGGAAGUCCAGCUGGACACAGAGACUGAUAUUAAUGACAGAACAUCCAGUUUAUCAUUACACACUCUUCAUGUGACAAACACAGGAGAUUCAAAAUCCAAAGGCAUGGACUCACCUGUUGAGCCUCCUGACACUGCUCUGCCAUGGGACUCUGUGCAUCACACACCCCCUAAAUACUCAUCUCAGGGAGGAGACUUGUCCACAGCAGGUAGACAGCAAGCAGAAAAGCAGACUGUGGAUGGUGGCACUGACAAACAAGAGGAGGGAGAAAAGGAGAAACAGGACGAGGAGGAUGAUGAGAAGAACGAGAUGAAGUGGAGGACCCAGCAUGCUGGAGAGAGGACGGAGGCUGAGUCGUCACAACAGUACUCUUCUUCAGCUCCUGGUCCAAGCACCCCUUCAUCUUCGUCUCCUCCACCUCCUCUUCUUCCUUCAGAUGAUGCCCCCUGUCCUCCACAUGUCAUGGCCCAGGUCUGGGUCCGUAACGUCCGGGGGAUGCAGGACAGCAAAAGCCUGGAUGAAAUCAGCCAAGCAUGUGGUGGUGGUUUAGGGGCUCGAGGAGGGGCCAGGGGUGGCCAGUCAGAGGGCCGACGGGCCACGAUCUCUUCAGCUCUGGAGCUGGAAGGAACAGUCAGCCACGACGGAGAUCUGACCAACUUCAUCACCAAGAACCUGGAGCAGAAAAUCAAGAUGAGCUCAAAACCCAGUCUGGACUGUAGUGACUCGGACUGCUCGGGUCCCAUCUACCGGAGCCAGGGGUUGUCCCGGAGACCAGCAGAUAUCCCACCCAUUGAUCCUGCUGUCUUGGUGGACCUUCAGAGACACACCCAGGAAGUGGCGCACAGCGUGGAGAUGAUGAUGCGAAGCCUCAACGGAACCAUCCAGAACAUGACGGCUCUCAGUGUCGGUUACAUCCAGACCUACAGGGACUCUGUGGACAGCCUGGGAGAGUCUGUGGACAUGAGCAUAAAGGGGAUGUACACGCUGAUGGCUCGCUGCGAGGAGUUGGAUCGCUCCAUGCAGCCCAUACACACACUGGCUGCACAGAUCCGUGAAAUCAAACGCACCCUGGACGUUUUGGAGGCUAUCUGCAAGUAGCGCCACCUGCCCGCUGACACUUUACAGCCAAACAUCAAGCACACGUGCUCAGCAGGAGGUAGCCCCGCCCUCCCACAGGUAGCUUACUCACACACUGCAGCCAAGAUUAAACAACCCGCUGGAAUCCCGGAGCCGUUGCUGCUGAGCAUGCUGGAUGUUUGCCCUUCAUGACCCGUUUCCAAGUUCAUCAGUCAACUGCUAACGUUUGAAGAUGAUCCUAUUUUUGAGACUUUUUCCCCCCUAAAAUAAACUUGUGGUGGAAAAAAAUAAAUCUCCCAAAUUAACAUUUUUAGUGACUCUUGAAGUGCACAUGUAUGAAUAAAUUACCGCUUCAGACUGUUACCGUCCAGCCCGCUUCCUUCAGAUUGCACUAAUCUUUCCUUACCACCCGAGGGCGCCCUUGCUCUCUUUAUUGUUUGCCUCUGAAGGGGCCUGUAUGAACUGCUGUGUGAUUUUUGCACCAAAACAGGAAGUCUGUUUUUUAACCUUAUGCAACAAAGAUCAGAUUUGUUCACUGCAGACAAAAUGUGGGAAGUCCUGUGUCUUUUAUCUUAUUUCCUUUCAAAGUGUUAUUUAUUUGUGUUUGUCAACAUGCACACGUUCUCAACAAUACUGCUUCACUGUAAACUGGGGAAUCGCCAAAAUAACCACUUUUUUAAGUCUGCUAAUUUGUUCAAAAGCACUUUGUGCAGCUGUUUAAGAAUUCAACAGUUUCCAUCUCAUGAAUUAAGCUCUAAGGUGCCAUUUAAACAAGCACACAGAGUUUGCAUCAGGUCUGAGUGAGAUCAGUAAUUACAGGAAGCUGAGGGCAUGCAGUGCUGUGCAAAAGUUUUAUUCACCACAGAUCUCCCCCCCCCCCCCCCUUCUUUUAGACAAGGGAUUAGCGAAGUAAACUUUAUUUUUGUAGCCUUGCAGAGAGGAGAGUUUUUUUCUUCUGGGAUUUUCUGCACCUGUUGUACUGUCGGUGUGCAGCUCAUCAUGGUAAGGUCAUAGUUGUAAGGCUAAUUCAAUGGGACAGGCAUUGAGCUACCAAAAUGUCGACCUGGGUUCGAUUAUCUGUCUCUGUCCUUUGAUAAGACACUUGACCUGCCUGGUCUUAGUCCACCCAGCUGUAAUUGGUCCACCCUGUCUCCACUGUGCAUACAUCACUUUGGACCACGGCACCUUGUCUGUCUCUUCACCCAAAGUGAUGAAAUGGAUUAAUGGGAUUAUUAACCAUCAGAUGACAAGGUAAAACCCCUUAAAUCAUUCAGAAGUCAGUUUUAAGCAGAAACCAGG